AAACUAUACUUUUCUUUCUUUUUCUUCUUUCUCUCCACUUUCUUUGGGUCUCUCAACUAAUUUACUUAGGGAUAUCUCCGGUAAUGGAUCUCAGGCGGAGACAGAGGUUCUUGUUGGCGAUUUUACUGUCGGCGGCGUUGCUGAUUGAGCUGCAGUUAUCGACGGCGGCGACGGCUCCGGAGAAUUUGGUAUUUCAAGUUCGAAGCAAGUUCGCCGGAAAAAGAGAAAAAGAUCUUGGAGCUCUCAGAGCUCACGACGUUCACCGUCACUCAAGACUCCUCUCCGCCAUCGAUCUUCCUCUCGGCGGCGAUAGCCAGCCUGAGUCUAUUGGUUUAUACUUCGCUAAAAUUGGACUCGGAACUCCAUCAAGAGACUUUCAUGUCCAAGUUGAUACAGGAAGUGAUAUCUUGUGGGUGAAUUGUGCUGGUUGCAUUAGAUGUCCUAGGAAGAGUGAUCUGGUAGAGCUGACACCUUAUGAUGCCGAUGCUUCGUCCACUGCAAAAUCUGUUUCGUGCAGUGACAACUUUUGCUCUUACGUUAACCAAAGAUCUGAGUGUCACUCAGGUUCUACAUGUCAAUAUGUUAUUCUGUAUGGAGAUGGGAGCUCAACUAAUGGAUACUUGGUGCGAGAUGUUGUACAUUUGGAUUUAGUUACUGGAAAUCGUCAAACCGGUUCCACUAACGGAACUAUUAUCUUCGGAUGUGGGUCUAAACAGUCUGGUCAGCUCGGAGAAUCCCAAGCUGCGGUUGAUGGGAUAAUGGGAUUUGGACAAUCGAAUUCAUCGUUUAUAUCGCAGCUAGCUUCACAAGGAAAGGUCAAAAGGUCUUUUGCACAUUGUUUGGAUAAUAACAAUGGAGGCGGUAUAUUCGCCAUUGGAGAGGUCGUGUCACCGAAAGUAAAGACUACUCCUAUGCUCUCUAAAUCAGCUCACUAUAGUGUCAACCUUAAUGCAAUUGAAGUUGGUAAUUCAGUUCUAAAACUUUCUUCGGAUGCGUUUGAUUCGGGAGAUGACAAAGGAGUUAUUAUUGAUAGUGGUACAACUCUGGUGUAUCUUCCUGAUGCUGUUUAUAACCCGUUAAUGAAUCAGAUUUUGGCUUCACAUCAGGAGCUUAAUUUGCAUACAGUUCAAGAUUCGUUUACUUGUUUCCAUUAUAUAGACAAAUUAGAUCGGUUCCCAACUGUCACUUUUCAGUUCGACAAGUCUGUUUCAUUGGCGGUUUAUCCUCGGGAAUAUCUAUUCCAAGUUCGAGAAGACACAUGGUGUUUUGGCUGGCAAAACGGUGGAUUGCAGACUAAAGGAGGAGCAUCAUUAACAAUUCUUGGAGACAUGGCCCUCUCUAACAAGUUAGUUGUCUACGAUAUCGAAAACCAAGUCAUUGGAUGGACCAAUCACAACUGCUCAGGAGGAAUACAAGUCAAGGAUGAAGAAACUGGAGCAAUCUACACUGUUGGUGCACACAACCUCUCAUGGUCGUCUUCUUUAGCUAUUACAAAACUUCUUACACUUGUUUCUUUCUUAAUUCCUUUCUUCUGUAACAUUGCUUUAUAGUUCAGAUAAAACCCUUUUGGGACAAAGUUUAUUCCUACUGUUGUUACCAUUAAAGGAUCUGAUUCCCA